AUGAAUCAGCAUUGGUCGAGUCCUAAAUUUGGCAGAAACCCUCAGACAAAGAGGACCGCAUCAACCACAGCGGUUGUUGGGGAGUUCACAUACGUAUUCCUCAACCGUCCAAAUACUGAUUUCAUUGACUGGAUCCGCUUCAAGGAUCCACAAAACCCGGUUCGAGGGACAAUCGACAACAUCAUUGCCAAGCAUGGUCCUAUCGCUUCGCUUGUGUUCUCUGACAAUUCAAUCCGACUUUACUAUAGCGGUGUUUCCGAGGACGAGAACUUCAAGGGCAAGCUAUUGGUCCGCGAACUCAAAUUUCCAGCAGCGAAUGCCACAGAUACCUCGAAUGGAUGGAUCAAGCCAGCCACCGACGCCUCGGCCAAAAAGUCGGAGCUGAACUUUGAGGAGAACGUCAGUGAGGGCACUCGCCUCCUCAAUGCACUGUCCUUCCUCUCCUGCUCAACCAAGAACACGCCCAACGGUUUGAUUCCAGUUGUGACUUACAGGGACAUUAGCAAGGACCACUACAUUUAUGCGGAGAGGAACAAUAAAACGAACUCCUGGACCGCUUCACAGCUACAACUGGAGCCGACAAAAUCUUGA